ACAAAUUAAUUAUCAAAUACCAAAACCAAAAAAAAAAUGACAAAAUCAUCCAUUUUUUUCCUCUUCACAACCCUAAUUAUCUCACUAACUCAAUGCACUUCUGUUCAAUCCAAUCAAAAUUUUAUUUCUCAAACUUGCAAGCAAACACCAUAUUACAAACUCUGUGUCAACUUUCUGAAAUCAGACCCAAGAAGUGUUAAUGCAGACACAACAAAAUUAGCACUAAUUAUGGUUGAUGUAAUAAAAGCUAGAACAACCAUGUCAUUAAAUUUCAUUCACCAGCAAAUUGGUAAGAAUCCAGGGCUGAAGAAACAAUUAAAAUCUUGUGCUGGUGCUUAUAGUGUAGUUCUAAGUGAUGUUAUACCAUCGGCCAUUGAAGCUUUGACGAAAGGUGCGCCAAAAUUUGCUCAGACUGAUACUAAUGAUGCUGCUAAUGAAGCUACUGGCUGUGAAGAAGAUUUUCAUGGAAAAUCUCCGAUGACUCAGUUGAAUAAUAUGGUUCAUCAUUCUUCUCUUAUUGCUUCUGCUAUUAUACAACUUUUGCUUUGAUCUUGUUUCUUUUUUUUAAUGAUAAUUGAUUAAUAAAGGGUUCUUUAAAUAUUUUAGUUAUUAUUGUUGUUGUUAAUUUUAUGAAAAUAGGUUAACGUUUAUGUGCAAAUUGAAUCACGAAGUUUAGUGUGAGUUGUAGAAUUUUAGAAUUUGACAAAAUCAGUCACGACUUUUAUAUUUUCACAAAUUAGAACACCGAGCCAUUUUUCGUGAAAGAAUGUCCACGUGGACAUCAUGGCUGGCAUGCACUGCUCCGAUAGCUAUAUCUAGAUUUUUUUUUCAAUGAAAAACAUAUCGGUGUCCGAAUUGUCAAAAACUGAAAGUUGGUGAUUGAAUUUGUUAAAUUUUAAAAUUCAUGAUGUAAUUAUAAAACGUGCUAAAAUUCAUGAUUUAUUUUGCAAUUAAUCCAAAGAUUUAUGGGCGGUAGUAU